GACGUCUUCUCGGAGAGCCGUGAGCCAAUGGCUGCAGAGAGAAGUGAGCCUCAUGGUGCGCGUCUUUAAUUCCCUGCAGACAGAAUCCAGAAUUACCCGUCAAGAUGCGCUUCAUGCUGCUGUUCAGCCGCCAGGGGAAGCUGCGCCUGCAGAAGUGGUACGUCCCGCUGGGCGACCAGGAGAAGAGGCGGCUGGGCCGCGAGCUGGUGCAGACCAUCCUGGGACGCAAGGCCAAGAUGUGCAGCUUCCUGGAGUGGAGAGACCUGAAGGUGGUCUACAAGAGAUACGCCAGCCUGUACUUCUGCUGUGCCAUCGAGGAGCAGGACAACGAGCUGAUCACCCUGGAGGUCAUCCACCGCUACGUGGAGCUGCUCGACAAGUACUUCGGCAGCGUAUGUGAGCUGGACAUCAUCUUUAACUUUGAGAAGGCCUACUUCAUCCUGGACGAGUUCCUGCUGGGCGGAGAGGCCCAGGAGACGUCCAAGAAGAGCGUCCUGAAGGCCAUCGAGCAGGCCGACCAGCUGCAGGAGGUGUCCUGGUGCCAAAUAUGGCCUCAGAAUCCUCAGGUCUAUUCCAGAAUUAGACCUCUGAGCCCCAUCUUGAGUUCUUUAACGUGCCUGUGUACUGAUUGGCUGUCAUCGCUGAUGAUGCUGUCCUCCUGCACGCUGCGCUGCUUAGCCCCGCCCACCCCUGUCUGCCCACCCGCCUCAUGUUACAGCAUGUGGAACAUGUUAUAGUAUAUUAAAACAUGUUAUAGCAUGUAAAACAUGGUACAACAUGUUACAACAUCCAUCUUACUACCCACACGUUACAACAUGUACCUUAAACUUCAUAGCUGUUAACAUGUACCCUUCUGAUAUAAAUGUUACAAAAUAUACGUUAUGACGGACAUGUUACGACACACUUUAUGCAAGUUAAAUAUCCAUGUUAGUGUGCAUCAUUAUAUCAUGUGAUGCUAGCUCCAACAUUAGCACUAUUAACAUUAGCACUUUUAACAUAAGCACUAGCGACAUUAGCACUAGCAACAUGAGCACUAGCCACAUUAGCAGUAGCAACAUUAGCGCUAGCUGAAGCAUUCAGUUCUUGGGUCCUAAGAUGCCAGCUCAGUGUUCUGGAGGUAUCAGAGGCUGGGGCCCUCUUGGUGAUAAAGUAUUUUGACUGGGGGAGAUGGGACCUCAACCGUUACAUCUUGGAGAUAAUGGUGCCAACAAUGUUCAAGUGUUUGUAAUGUUGCUGGGAAACCCAACUUUAUUAAAACCUACAAUCUGUGAUGCCCACGCCGCACCGACACACGCACUUAAUCAGCAAACACUCCCUGACAUUACUCAAGGAUUGGCUUGAGAAUUGUAUUUGAAGGAGAAUAACUUCAUCAUCUCUGCCAUUUUAACAUGAAUCACGACCACAAAACAAAGCUGUAGUUCUGAGAUGUGUCAUAAUCUUCCCUUGACUCCAGAUGCAGUCUAAUGUCAUGUUUGUUGAGUCAUGCGUGUGUUGGAGAAGGUGAGAUGAUCAAAACGUGCUCGUUCGAGCGGUGCAGUUCUAGUUCACACCACUAGAUGGAACCAAUGCAGCGACAGAUAAUCCUCCAUCUGUUAAACCAGAAGUUCAUUCUGGAUUUAUGUAUAAGGUACCAAUUUACCAACCAUACAGUAUAAACAUAUACAUUACUGAGGAUUUAAGGGCGAACGAGAUAAUCAGACACUGUAGAACCUUAUUUUAACUUAAUCUGACGAUAAAGAUGAAGUUGUUGAAGCUAGGUCCAAGAAACAGAAGUCAGAGGUCAUUAGAGAAAUUUAAAGAUUUCGGGAUUGUGGGUUUAAUUUAAAAUUAUUAUAAAUUAUUGUUAUUCUUUUAAUGGUAACGCCUUAGGGGUUUUUUUUCUUUGAAACUCUAUAGCACUUUGAGAUUUUCGAAUGUAAAGUGCUCUACAAAUAACCUGCAUUAUUAUUAUUAUUAGGGGCUAUUUUUCAAUUUUUAUGUUUGGAAUUAUAUUCAUAUUUUAAUGAUUUUAUGUAUAGAAAUUAUUUCUAUUUAUAGAUUUAUACGAUUUGUUACUACAUAUUAAUUAUUACAAAUAUUUCCACAGGGUUUAUAUGAAUGUUGCGGAAAAGUCCUAUAAUCAAUACUUUAAAAUAAAAGAACAAUCACUUUUUUUUAUUGCAAAGAUAUUGUAGAAGUUGAAAUGUUUGAUAUGAUGUAAUCACCCUUGUGUUUGACUCAAAAUAAAAUGUAUUCCUCUAAGCCUUCUCUAUGAAUGUCUGUCAUGAAUUCAUGUUCAACUACGCAGCAAAGUGAAUAAUAAACGCUCUUGAAGACAUGUCA